AUGACAAUGUUUUGGGGUCCUAUUAGCUUCCGUCAAAGUACUUCCUUUCGCUCUUGUAGUAUUUCAUUACUUAACACCCAUUCACGUAAGUCUAGUGGAUGUACUCCUAGUUUUCCUGGCAAGAAACAAAAACUUAUCGUCAUUUUUGUGGAGCAUUUGAAGAAGACGUGGCGGUUGAAUGCAAUUCCGACGAUGAGUAACAGGAAGAUGCAUUCAUCACGCUCAGAGACGGCUCCAAUCUUCGGGACGAAGUGUUGUGUCGUUAAUGCUCAAAUAACUUGGACUAAAUGUGUCAAUAGCGGAUUUCAACAGUGUUUAAAUGAAGCGAUGGUGGAACAACUCAUCAACAACGAUGUCACUUAG